CUAUUCAUUCACCACUCACUUCUCGUCAAAUCCUCUUUUCUUUAGCAAAGAAAAAACGAAAAGAAAGAUGACUAAAGAAGUUGAAGCAGUAACAGAAAGACCAUCAGAGUUUUCUGCUAAAGACUAUACUGACCCUCCACCAGCACCAUUAGUAGACUUUGAAGAGUUGACACAAUGGUCAUUUUACAGGGCAAUUAUUGCUGAAUUCAUAGCCACUUUAUUGUUCCUUUAUGUUACUAUUUUGACAGUAAUUGGAUACAAACACCAAGCUGAUGUAGAUGCUGGAGGUGAUGUUUGUGGUGGAGUUGGUAUUCUUGGUAUUGCUUGGGCCUUUGGUGGCAUGAUUUUCAUUCUUGUUUACUGCACCGCCGGUAUCUCUGGAGGACACAUCAACCCAGCAGUGACAUUUGGGCUUUUCUUGGCAAGAAAAGUAUCACUAAUCAGGGCAAUUUUGUACAUGGUGGCACAAUGUUUGGGUGCUAUUUGUGGUGUUGGUUUUGUCAAGGCUUUCCAAUCAGCUUACUACAAUAGGUAUGGUGGUGGUGUUAAUGUCAUGGCUCCUGGUCAUAACAAAGGUGUUGGGUUAGGUGCCGAAAUCAUUGGUACCUUUGUUUUGGUCUACACUGUCUUCUCUGCCACCGAUCCUAAGAGGAAUGCCAGAGACUCCCACGUACCCGUGUUGGCUCCACUUCCAAUUGGAUUUGCUGUGUUCAUGGUGCAUUUAGCUACCAUACCAAUUACUGGAACUGGCAUUAAUCCAGCAAGGAGUUUUGGUGCUGCUGUUAUUUACAACGGCGACAAGGCAUGGGAUGAACACUGGAUUUUCUGGGUCGGCCCAUUUAUUGGAGCGUUCAUCGCUGCCCUCUACCACCAGUUUGUCCUCCGUGCAGGAGCAAUUAAAGCUCUAGGUUCAUUCAGGAGCAAUGCCUAGUUCUAAUUUAAUUUUCCUUAAUUCCAAUGAAUUUCGAAGAAGAAAAAAUUGUAGAUAAUUAAGAAGAAAAAAAAUAUGUGUUUGUUUGUUUGUUUGUUUCUUAUCCUAUAAAUUUCCCUUCCUCUUUUGUGUAUCUAUUUUGUAUCUUUGAAUUAUUGUUCUCUUCCUCCUAAAUUAAAGUUAAUGUUCUGUCUUU